GAACGCCAACAGGUGCGGACGCGCGCGCACAUGAAAUUUGUACCUACGUAAUAUUAUUAAUAUCGCGCGUAUUUGUCAUUAUACCGCCGCUGCGGUUGUCCGCAUGCACGCGCGCAACGCGACCAUAAUAAUAUAAUAUUAUCGUCUCGUCCGUCGCGUAUUCCACGUGGACUGCAGUGCCGUCGUCGUCCACAGACCGCAUUAUAAGUAGUGUAUACAUACAUACGUGUGCGUGUGUGUGUGUGUGUGUGUGUGUGUGUGUGUGUGUGCGCGCGCGUGUGCGUGUAUGUGUGUGUGCGUGUGUGCGUGCGUACGUUUUGAAUCUUCUUCUUGCAGUACCCCCCCCCCCUCCCACCGCUCUCGUUCACUGCUGCAAACAUAGACGCCGAGUCACGCACCCGCUCGUAGUUUUUUUUCGUCGAUAAUAUUUUGUUUUCGAAUUUUCGUUUACGCUUGUCGUUCGGUCGGUCGACGAGGUGCGUGCUCGCCGUCACUGUACAUUAUAAUUAAUACGCAAAAUAGGAGUCUUGUUAUAAACACAAUAUACUCUAUAUGCACAGCUGCUCAUUAGACGAUAAUACGCGUGGUCUAUCCGAUACACGCGACGCGGGUGCCCGAUGGUCGGCGGGUGACGGUGGCCAUGGUUGUCACCGCGGACGUGAGACGGCGAAGUUGCGCGGGCUAUGAAAAAGAAUGUUGGCGGCGACGGCGGAGGCGAACGCAAGUCCCUGCGGAACAGGCGCCGGCGGGGGUUGGACGGUGACGGCCGGCUGCCAUCUCCACCGGCGCCUCCGCCGCCGACCGUGGCCACGGCCACCGUCACCAGCGGAGCGCUGCACAGACUUCAGGCGGUGUCGGCUGCAGCCGCGUCUUCGUCGGUGGCGGCAGCGGCGUCGGUGGUUGAGGUGGUUGACGGAAGGGAUUCCACGGCGGCCGUCGCCGCGACCGCAGUGACGGACGAUUGGCUAUUCGCCGAUUGGUUGGACGGCAGUGGAAGCGGAGGUGGUGGUGGAGGCACAGUUGCAACAGGUGUCCCGGAGCAGCAUCAGCACCAGCAGCACCAACAACAGCCCGAAGCCGAUAUGAUCAUGGAGUGCGGUGCCCUUGAGCCAGGCGUCGGGCCGCUCCAUCAUGCGCAUCACCAUCAUCACCAUCAUCAUCAUCACCACCCGUACUUGUUGGCCGAGUCUGCGGCCGCCGUCACCACGGCCACCACGGCGGCUGGGCACUUUAACGUGCUCAGCUUUGAAACGUACAAGGGCGGCGUGGCCACCGGCACUGGUGGACACGUGGGCAACGGCGGACACGGCACCGGUAACUCGGCGUGCCACAGCCCGGCACAGGGAAACGCCGGCACCGAUCUCAACACACCCGUCACGACGAGCGCCGAAGUUCCUUCGUUUUUCGGCCCAUCCACAGUCGUAGAACCGCCACUCAUAACAGGAUCAUUGCAAGAUACUGAUGAUAAUGGUAGCAAUAGAAGUGGUAUAGAACACAAGCUAGAGGUAUCGCUUCAAUUGAAAACAGAAGCCAUCGGAGGUGAACCGGAGCAGGACGAUGGCGGCCAGGACGUCAUGUACACAACUAACUCCAGUAUACCACCAGGGCAGUCUAGGAUCAGUUAUAGGUUCUCAACUAAUAGUCCUAUGCAAACAGCUCCGUGCUCAACUAGUUCCUCAAAUAACAAUAACAACAACCACCUCAGCACUUCGUGGCUUUUGCCUAGCCCAGACAAGAACAUAUUUCCACCUUUGUUCAACCUGCUCCAACCUCAACCGUCGAGCACGCCCACCUCAUACCACAGCUCCAGUCCUCACUACGAAGACAGAUCUCAACAGAGUCAAGUAGAAUUGCUUGGAAUGAGUAUCGACUGUGGUAAACAAGCACCACCCACGUAUGCCAGUUGUGGAGUGACUGGAAACGACCAAGAUCUCAUGUACCACAACCGUGGUCAAAUGAUGCAACAGCAGUCAUCGCCAGUGAAUAAAUACCACUGGUUGGACUCACCGGUCGAAUACGGUGGACAGCAACAACAACAACAGCAUCAGCAAUUACAAUCUCAACAACAACAACAACAACAAAUGAUUCCCAAACAAGAGUUCACAAACGUGGUAAACGUAGACGUUCAGUCCCCGGGUUCAUCGAGCGUGUCGCAGGGUGGCUAUAAUAGCGUCCAGCUAGCUGAGUAUAACCCAUCGACAAGCAAAGGACACGAAAUACUAUCGCAAGUGUACCAGCAGUCAUCACUACCACUGAAGCUAGUCCCGGUGAAACCCCGGAAGUACCCAAACAGACCUAGCAAGACUCCGGUGCACGAGCGACCAUAUGCAUGUCCGGUAGAGCAUUGCGACCGUCGGUUCUCCAGAUCGGAUGAACUUACAAGGCAUAUCCGUAUACACACAGGCCAAAAACCGUUCCAGUGUCGUAUAUGCAUGCGAUCGUUCUCCAGAUCUGACCAUCUUACGACACACAUUCGAACGCACACUGGCGAGAAACCGUUCACAUGUGACGUGUGUGGUCGUAAGUUCGCAAGAAGUGACGAAAAAAAGAGACACGCAAAAGUUCACCUGAAGCAACGAACGAAAAAAGAAACCAAAAUGGCGGCGUUACUAGCACAACAACAACAACAACAGCAGCAACAGCAGCAGCAGCAACAACAACAGCAACAGCAGCAACAACAGCACCAGCAGCAACAAGGAUCGUCGCAACAACAACAUAUGCAUCACAUGGGGUUCCAAACAGGUGACACUGGUCACAUGUAGACGCAAUCAUACAAAUAUGUCUUUAAUUAUUCCCUUUUAUUCUUCAUACGCAAAGGUGCUUACUACCUAAAGGUAGGCACGGAAGAAACCACUGUUACCAUGUUUAGUUACACUACCAAUGUACGAGUCACUCCAUCUUACGAUUCCUAUCUUAUCAUUAUUAUUGGAUCACAGAGUAUUUAUACCGUCGGCAAUGAAGUCGCCAAAAUUAAAACAGGGACAUAACUAUAUUUGUAAUAAUUAUUGGUGCUACACGAUUUGUAUCUUUAAUGUGGAUCAUCUUGAAUGUAGCGAACGCCAUCGUAGAGUAAUUUAAAUCUGUUUGUGUACUUUUCAAGUAGUAAGGAUUUUUAACAUCUGACAACGCAAUAGAUAUUUUAUUUAUUCACUAAUCUGAAUCUGUGAAUCGUAUAAAUCUGUCAAUCCAAAUAGGUGAAUUCGUAAUAAUAUAUAGAAAUGUAUUCCGUAGUCAAGCCGUGUUUCUCAUGUUGUGUGAAAAAAUAUUUAAUAUUAAUUUGCUCCUAGCUGGUUCCCAGAUUUAUAGCAGUUGUGUCGGUUCGAGGAAUCA